CUUUGAGGUCAAGAUAUUGCCAAAAUUUGUGUGCGUCACACUUGAAAAGAGGAACAGUUUGACAACGAGUCAUUAUUCGAAAAUGUUUGAUCUGAGAUGCCUUGAAGUUUUGAUCAUCUACGUACUACCUGAACUGAUUGCUUGGGAGUAUGGUCCUGCUUACUGUAAAACUGCAAACGGCGCGGAUGAGCAUUGGGUAGACAGAUAUCUCACAACGUUCAAUCAUCAACGCGAGGCACUGGCUCAUGGAUUGCAAGAGGACACAUAUGGAGCACUUCCUCCAGCAAAAAACAUGAAUAAACUGAUGUGGGACUGUGCACUUGAACAGGAAGCUAAGGAUUUCUUGGCCAAACAGGACUGCGACCUUCUCACAGGGAGAAAAGAAGGAUUAGAAGAACCUGAUAAAGGUUAUGCUUACUUCAUAACAGCUCCUAUACCUCUUUUUCACUUAACUGAUGAUUAUUACUUCUCCGAUGUCUCAGAUGUCUCAGAUCAAAUUGUAAGAUAUAUGGAUGGCGAUGAGCCUUUGAAGCAAUGGGCUAAUAUUAUGCGUGCUAAUGCCUCCAAAGUCGGUUGCGCAAACAUCACUUGUCGUCUGAAUGACGACAAUAUUAAUGGAAGGAUUGCGCAGUAUAAUAGAUGGAAAACAGCAUCAAAUGAGGUACAUGAUGAUCCGCUGGGAAAAGGAAAUAUCCAAAAAGGAGACACGAUUUACGAAGGAGGCACCCGCAAAGCCGAAUGUGAUCCUCUGAUCUUAGCGGAGGAGAUUCCUGAGUCGACCUCUACUACUGAUUCAGGAGCAUCUACUCUUGAUCCCUCAGUGGCGGUAUUUCCGUGGUCAAAUGCCUCCGAUCCGAGCACUUGGUGUGAAUACGAAGAACUUCCCGACUCGCUGAGAAGUAUCAUGGUAGAAACUCAUAAUACUCGACGAUCAACACUUGCCUUGGGACAAAUCACAGACAACACAGGGACAACAUUACCGGCUGCAACCAAUAUGAAUUACCUUGUUUGGGCUUGCAAGUUAGAAAAGGAAGCUCACGAUUUCCUUAGAAACUGCCCAACGGAAGGCUACCAAAGACCAGAUGAUAAACGCCCUGCGCAGAAUUUCUAUCGCCAGACAAUUACUGCAAAUGAACGAACAUACAAGGACAUGAAUAAGAAGGCGGUUACGGAGUGGUGGAAGCAAGUGCGAAAAGUCAGUGGACCCGGGACAAGUACCUAUUUUCGUCUGGAACACAACAGCACUCAGAUUAGAUCUUACACUCUGAUGGCUUGGGCUUCAACUGAAAUAAUGGGUUGUUCUAUUGCUAAAUGUGGCAACGAAUGGGUGGAGGCCUGCCGCUAUCACCCGCCAGGAAACAAAGUUGACGAUCAAAUGUACAUACGUGGCAAGGCAUGCUCUCAAUGCACUACUAUUGAGAGAUGCAAAUCGUUUCAUAUCAUCUCCUCAUUGCUUGCGUCGGAAGUGUCAGGGGAAGGUGCAAAAUUUCCUGAAGGCAGUUCUUCCGCGGACAUCAUUUGCCCCAAUAGCUAUCACAUGACAGAUAAGCUGGGUUUGAGGAUUCUGGAUAUGCACAAUAGCCGCAGUUUGCUUGCACUUGGAAAAGUGACUAAAAACACUGGGGCCUACUUACCGGCAGCAGCAAAUAUGCGUAAAUUGAGGUAUGACUGUGGCCUGAACUGCAAUAAUUACAUUUACACAGAUGGCAUGGGCAGCAACGCAGUACUUGGGCUGCUCAGCUCGUACAUUGUUCGCCAUUUUACAUUACUGUUUGCCGUUACUCUCCUAAGGGAAAUGUUGUUGGCGAAACAGUUUAUGCUCCAGGAAAUUUCUGCACUGCAUGCCCACCUGAUACCAAGUGUAACGCCGCACUAUACCUCUGCGCCCCGUAAAGAAUGGCAACAGGAUUGUUUUUAGUUUUAUUCUAUGCUUUAAUGAAUUGGUCAUUUCACU